AACAAAACGGGUUUGUGAGGCAAAUGUUGUGAAUGUGCUUUUCGUGAUCUAUCAAGUAAUCAAGUUGUAACAUGAAAUUGAAACAGAAACGUAAUUAUCGAAAUCCAGCCAAAUCAUUUAUAAUAAAUUCUGGAGAUAGAUGAAAAUGGUCUCAAUAGAAAAUAGUAGUCGAGUAAAUCCUGAAUUCUCGGUAAGAAUUGUAGUAUGCGACCAUUAUUUGACUAAACCAACGCCAGGCAUAGAUGUGAUUUAUUCAGACUUCCGAGGAUCAGAUAUUAAACAGGUACCAGUUUUAAGGAUAUUUGGACCAACUCCAGAUGGUCAUAAAGCAUGUCUCCACAUACAUGGAGUGUUUCCAUACUUCUACAUUCCUUGCCCAACACCAAACCCACAACCACAAUUUUUAUAUCAGGUAGUAAGAAAUACCGUAAAUAAAUACACAGCUGAAUCUAUUUACAAUGUUUACUGUUAUAACAAUCUGACUUAUUUGCAGAUUGCAGCUAGUUUAGAUAAAGCAUUAAAUAUUGCAUUGAAGCAAGCAACUUCUGUUAACCAACAUGUAUACAAAAUAUCAUUAGUCAAAGGAUUACCUUUCUAUGGAUAUCAUAACAAAGAACAUCUUUAUCUGAAAGUAUUUUUGUACAGCCCCGGUUUGAUCAAGCAAGCUGUUGAACUAUGCAGCAAUGGCGCCAUUUUAGGCCAAGCAUUCCAACCACAUGAAUCUCAUUUAAAUUUUACAUUACAAUUUUUCAUAGAUUUUAACUUAUUUGGUAUGAGCAAUAUAGACUUGCAAUGUGUCAAGUUUCGCAAAGCAGGAGUAUCACUAAAUAGCAAUGAAGGACAAAGUCCUAAUGAAUUUGGAUUAAAACCUGAAAGUUCUUGCUACUAUGAAGCAGACUGUGCUGCCUCUCAUAUUAUUAACCGCCAGAGAAUAGGCAAAGGAGAUGGAAUUGAAAAUCCAGGCCUAGAAGAAGUAUGGAACCAGGAAUCUGAAAGGCGAAAGCAGUUAAAUAUAUCUCUAGCUUCUAAAUCAUUAUCCCAGGGCAGGAUAAAAGCUGAGGAAACUGAAUCACAUUACAAGUUUGAACAAUUGUUUUUGAUCAAAAUGUCCAAUUUGAUGAAUAAACCUGUGAUAACUGAAAAUAAUAUGAAACCUUUAGAAAUAGUGCAAUAUCCAGCUGAAAGUAUGGAGGGUACACAGUUGUUUAAUGCUGUGGAUGUUAGUGUACAUUUGCCAGAUAGUACAUUGGGAGCAAGUUUUAAUCAAACAUUGAGAGGACAUUAUAAUGAAACUACAACUGAAGAUAUGGAUGCUACACUUGUAGAUGAAAGUUUGGCUCUGAACAGCAGUCCGUCAUUGCAUUACAGCCAAGUUUUUUUAAAUACUGAAGAUUUGGAUCUAGUUAACAUGUUGCAAGAUAUGGAUGAGAAAGUAGUGGAGGAGGACAGUGUGAUGGGAACACCGGCAAAUGCUGACCAAUUUGAAGAUAAGGAAUUAGAUGAUGCUGAAUAUUCACAAAUAUUUGAUGAAGAAACCAUCAUUCUUGAUCCAGAUGAGAGUAAAGACGAUGAAAGCUCAAGUUCUCCCUCAUGGAAUGAUUCGUUUUGGGAAGGAGCUAAUAUUCCACAACUUGAUGGAACAUUCGACGACGAAUAUACAAAAAAGGUGAGGAAAAGAAAAAUGCGACCAUUUAAACUCGGAUUAUCAAGACCCAAAACCAAGAAGAAAGAUGGUAGUGAGAUGGACAGUAAAUCAGAAUGUAGCACAGACAUAAGCCAAAUGGACGAAAUAAAUGAAUCAAGAGAAACUAUUAAGGAUAUUUCAGAUGCACAUCUAAGAAGAGUUAUUAAGGAAGAACCAGAAAGUUUUUCGGAAAAGUCUAGGAUCUCUAUUGUGGAAAUGGUAAACAUAAUAUCAAAUAAUCGUGUUAAAAAAGAACAUCAAAAUUCUCCUGUGACUGCAGCCAAGGUUUACGAUUUAGAGAACAGAUUUGAUCCGAAACCAGGCCCUUCACAUAUUGUUAAAUUCGAUAAAUCAUUUGAUCAAAGUUUGAAUGAUACUAUAAGUGAUUGCGAAUCUCCUCUUGAAAUUAAUAAAUUGGGUAUAAUGAGCUUUUAUGAUACAUCUAAAAUGUUUGAUAUGUCUGUAGACGAUGAUAAUGAAGUUGCUAAUGAAUUUAAAGACGAUGUUGAAGCUGAAAGUGACGAGCGAAUAAUCAAAGAUGAUACUUUAACCGACAAAUAUGAUUCAGAAACACAAUUGCAUGCAGUUACGUCACCAAAUAAAAAAGAAGAAGAGAAAGUAAGAAGUGAUAUGAAUUCGUUCAAAAGCGAACACUUCGUAAUAAUAACGCCUAAAAUUAAACCUCCCACUAAAUGUUAUAUACAGUCAAGUUUACACCACUAUAACAUACCAAAAGUGAAAAACCCUGAACCAUUCUACUCAGAUCACAAGGAUGUAGGCGACAAAGUGGAGAUAGGCCAAAUGAUUUUAAAAGUCAAUAGUAAACUAUCGAGAGAUCAGAAACCUUUCGAUAAAGUGUUAGGCAGAACUAGUAUAGAGGAAUGGCGUCAUUUGCUAUUUCUGCAAACAAAUGAAAUGUCCCAAGAAUCUUCGAAACCAGAUGCUUUAAAAGUACUACUCGCUGGCAACAGACAAUGUGUUUUGGAACCCGUGAAAAAACCGCCGACGACUAAUGAAAUCAAGCAAUGGUUGGCUAGCAAAGAGACUGAGACAAAACAAGAAGAAAGUAUUACGAAUGCUGAUGAAAUCAGUAAAAAUAUCGAUGAAUUAGAAAACUCGCAAGCCUUAGGUUUAAAUGAAAUGGAAAACAGUAUUAGUUUAGAUGUAGAUGAGAAAAAUAAAACAGAUUUAAAUAAUAGUCUUCAAGUGACCAUGCAGCCUGAUGGUUCUUUCCUGUGUUUUGGCAGUCAUGAAAAUCGAACGGACAUCAGCGAAGUCGCCAAUCCCACAGUUGAUGCCAAUUUUCUUACAGUUAUGUUGGUGGAAGUUCACACAGCAAUUAGAGGCGACUUCAACCCCGACCCCGCAAUUGAUCCCAUUGAAAUAUUAUUCUUGACCGUAACAAACGACUGUCCACCAGGUCAUCGAUUACAGAGAAACCUCACAAAAAUUAUAGUAGUAGAGAAAGAUACGCCAGUACGAUAUUUAGAUAGAUGUAUCUUCAACGUCGAUGUUACAUACGUUGACACUGAAAAUGACCUUCUAGAAAAAGUUAUAGAGUUAGUGGGGACACACGAUCCAGACAUACUGUGCGGGUAUGAGACAGAGUUGACUUCCUGGGGAUACAUACUAGAAAGAGCCCAAGUUUUAGGCUUGGAGAUUGUUCAAGAAGUUUCCAGAAUAACAGAGAAGUAUCGCCAAAAACGUUGGAGGAGCGAAGAAAACGAUUUCGAAGGUAGAAUAAUUGGGCGAAUAAUGUUGAACGUUUGGCGUCUAUUCCGUCAUGAGAUGGCACUAUCCAGCUAUAGUUUUGAGAACUGCAUGUAUGAAGUGUUGAAGGAGAGAGUUCCUAAGUAUAGCUAUGCUCAGUUGGCUGCAUGGUGGCGGGAUGAGACCAGGAUAUUUCGAUGGAUCCCUGUCGAACACUAUUUGACCAGGCUCUUUGGUACUGUGAGGAUGCUGGAUAAACUUGACAUUAUUAAUCGAACAUCAGAAUUAGCCAGGUUAUUCGGUCUGCAAUGGUGGGAGGUACUUUCGCGAGGUUCUCAAUUCCGCGUAGAGUCUCUGAUGCUGAGAGCUGCGAGGCCUCUCAACUUGGUGGCCUUGUCUCCCACUGUGAAGCAAAGAGCUGCUAUGAGGGCCCCAGAAUGCCUUCCUCUUAUUUUUGAACCAGAAUCUCGUUUCUACACUGAUCCUGUAAUAGUUCUGGACUUCCAAAGUCUUUAUCCAUCGAUGAUGAUCGCUUACAACUACUGUUUCUCAACCUGCAUCGGACGGGUGCAAAAUAUCGAUGGUGAAACAGCAUAUGAAUUCGGAGCCUGGCGACUGAGAAUACCAAAAGCUAAACUAGAAGCGUUAGUGAAAAAAGGUUUAGUUCACUGGUCGCCAGUAGGAGUGGGGUUCGUCAAGUCUUCUGUCAGACGGGGAGUCUUACCUGCUUUGUUGAGAAGAAUCUUAGCCGCCAGGCAAGCUGUUAAGAAGAAUAUGAAAGUUCAGACUGAUGAAGCCGUGAAGAAGGCUAUGCAUUCCAGGCAAUUAGGUUUAAAACUAAUAGCCAAUGUAACAUACGGUUACACGGCAGCUAACUUCAGCGGACGCAUGCCUUGCGUGGAAGUGGGCGAUAGCGUCGUGUCUAAAGGACGCGAGACGUUGGAGCGAGCCAUCAAAAUGGUGCGAGAGAGCAAGCAGUGGAACGCAAAGGUGAUAUACGGCGAUACGGACUCCAUGUUCGUGCUAGUACCAGGAGGCACGCGAGCCGAGGCUUUUGAGAUCGGACAACAGAUCGCCGACGCCGUCACCGCUGAUAAUCCCUCGCCUGUCGCACUUAAGCUUGAAAAGGUUUACCAGCCCUGUAUCCUACAAACUAAGAAGCGCUACGUAGGCUACAUGUACGAGAGCGCGGACCAACAGAAGCCCGUGUAUGAAGCGAAAGGCAUUGAAACUGUUAGGAGGGAUGGCUGUCCGGCUGGGGUUAAACUUCUUCAACGCGCUCUAUGCGAGCUAUUCGACACUGGCGACAUGUCCCGCGUCAAACGCUCAGUGAUGGCGACAUUGUCGCGCCUAGCUGACGGCACUCUGCCACCGCAGGAGUUGUUCUUCACGCGCGAAUACCACGGACCCGCGGGUUACCGACCUGGCGCGUCUGCUCCGCCUAACGAGAUAGCCAAACGCAUAUCAUCAUACGACCGACGCGCCGCCCCUCGCCCCGGCUGGCGCGUAACAUGGCAAGUGACAGCAGCCGCGCCCGCAACAGCGCUCGUGCGUCUCGCCCGCACGCCCGCAGAGCUAUUGCGGGAGCCCGCAUUGCAACCGCAUACUACGUACUACGCGGCCAGGGUGUUGCUGCCACCACUACAUCGCUGCCUCUCGUUGUUAGGCGUUGAUGUGUUUAAAUGGUGGAAUGAAGUAGGCUACACCCGAGAAAUACAGCAACGCGAGAGCCACCGCUCGGGCGGCAUCGCUCGCUACAUGUGGCGAGAGCGCUGCGCCGUGUGCGGCAACAGGAGCGCCCGCGCCGCGCUCUGCGACGCGUGCGCCGCCGCCGAUAGCGCGCAGCGCUCUGCCGCCACACUCGUCACCAGACUGGAAACUGCUAAAGAACAUGUGCAGUACUGUGCUGCUAUCUGCGCGUCAUGCUGCGGGCACGGUCAGUCAUCAGCGUGUGAGAACACCGAGUGUCCAGUUCUAUGGCGACGGAACACUGCACAUAACAAGCUCUCUCAAAUUCGGGACGUUGUCGCCCACUUACCACCUGCAUUUACUAGAGAAAGCUUGGACUUUUAAAUAUUUUAACUAUGAGAAAAAUAAAACCAGAGUAAUUCAUACUUCAACUAUAGAGCUUAUAAAUGUUAGGCAGCUCCAGAUAUUUUGAUAA